AGGUGAGAGGUAAACUUAUCUUCACCAUUUUUCAGUUGAGGUGAGGAUUGCGUGACUUUUGUGUCUUACAAUUUUUUUAAUUUUUAUUUUUCAUAUACCAACGACACCACAACUACAAGGCUGCUUCAUCUCUCUCUCAUGGAUACGUCGGCAGCCGAUGACAACUCCGACGAACCCUUGACCCCAGUAGGUCGGCUCCUUCUCCAACCCGAAAUGAACCAAAUAAUCCACUGUGCCAUGGGAUUCAAAAACUCCAUAGACAUAGGCGCCGUAAAGUCUCACCUCAAAACCUCCCUUCUCCUCUCCCACCCAAGAUUCUCAAGCCUCAUGCUCCGCGACUCCCGCGGCCUCCAGCACUGGCAUAAUGCCCCCAACGUUGACCUCGACCGCCACAUCAUUGUCAUCCACAACCCCGUCACCACAUCUCCCGUCGAUCACGAGACCGCAGUUAACGAAUACUUGGCCGACCUCUCCACAAGCUCUACUAGACUGAGCGCGAACAAACCCCUCUGGGAACUUCACCUCCUCAUGGCCCACAACUGCGGCAUCUUCCGAAUCCACCACGCUUUGGGAGACGGGGUUUCGGUCAUGUCCCUAUUCUUGGAGAGUUUCAGGACGAGAGGCUCAAAUGGAAAUGAAGAAAAGAUUUUGGGUCGUGGAAGGAGGAAGAGAGUGAAUGGUGAAAAGGGAUGGUGGGGUUUGUUGAUUCGGCUUGUGGAGAUGUUGUGGUUUAGCUUGGUGUUUUUGGUGGAGAAUGCGAUGAGGAGCUUGUGGCUUUGUGACCAGAAAACAGCGAUAAGUGGCGGCGAUGGAGUUGAGCUCUGGCCUAGGAAGCUGGCCACGGCUAGGUUUCGGCUUGAGGACAUGAAGCUCGUCAAGAAAGCUGUUCCGAAUGCGACCAUCAACGAUGUUCUUGUUGGCGUGGUUUCGUCAGGGCUGUCAAGGUACCUAGAUCACCAAACACCAAAUGCUAAACUUCAUUGUCCAGCUCUGCAUGACGGAUUUCGAAUUACAGGCCUAGCUAUGGUCAAUUUAAGAGAGCAACCUGGAUUGCAGGUAUCCAAUUUCUUGGAAAGCAACUCUGAAUCAAGCUGGGGUAACAAGUUCGGCAUGUUUCUCCUACCUAUUUAUUACCAUAAAAGCAGUGAUCUUGAUCCUCUAGUGCACCUCAAGAGAGCUAAGCUGGUUCUUGACAGGAAGAAACAAUCUCUAGAAGCUGAUUUUUCGUACAAAGUUGGAUGUUUUCUAAUCACCUACUUUGGAGCAAAGGUUGCUAGUUGGCUUCUUUACAGGAUGGUCUGCAAUACUAGCUUUACCAUUUCAAAUAUAAUUGGCCCGCAAGAAGCAAUUGCAAUUGGGGGCAACCUUGUAACUUACCUUAGAGUGAAUACGUGCAGCCUACCCCAGGCACUUACAAUGCACAUGGUGAGCUAUGCUGAAAGAGCUGACCUGCAAAUUUUGGUGGCCAAAGAUAUCAUUCCGGAUCCAACAUUUCUCGCAAAAUGCUUUGAAGAGGCAUUGCUUGAUAUGAAGGAAGCAGCAUCCAGCCAGCCAUGAGUAGAACCUAGGAUAUGACCUCUCUAUAUUUUAUGGAAUGUGAUGUAAGAAUGUCAUCGGUGGGAACCUACGAAGGAAAGCAUGCAUCUUUCGUGAACCGAAACAAUUGAGGAUUUUAAUGUAAUCGGCACAGUAUAUGAGUAGCCAAAUAUCUGUCGGUGGCUAAUCUAGCAAAAUCUAUCGUUUGACAAAAAGAAAGAAAAUCCAUUUUAGCUUUUAGAACAA